CUUUGUUAACCCCCGCUUUCGUUACACAUCAUGUUUAGAAAAGACUAAUUCUAAUAACAUCAUUUGGAAUUAUUUUUAGAAACUGACUGAAGUGAUCAGGUUAGAUCAACCCAUGACCAAUAACAAGCCGCUUAUAAUUGGUUUCAUUUUCAACUUUUUUAAACGAAAUAAAUCUCUUCCUAUCCUCUUUUGCGUCCAAUAAUAUCAUUUCAAAGGAUUGUGACUGGAAGUAAAAUUGUUGUGUCUAAUUGGAAGACAGUUUUUGUGAAGUCACUAAAACCUCAUUAUGUCUUAAGAACAAUAAUUACAGUGCGUAUGUGGCAUCACAAAUUUAAAAAUUAGUAAAACACCACGUAAAGCUACUUAUCGAGGUAACACUUUCAACAAUAAAGGGUACUUCAGAAGAAGGAAAAUCAAAAUUUUAAUCGUUUGAUCGAAUAGUAAAUAUUUUGACAAAAAUAUCAAUAAUACAUGUUUAUUAUUCUGUAAAUAAUUAUGGGUAAAAUUCAUUUUAAUACGUCUGUACCUGAUUCGGAUCAAAUAACAAAUGGCAAAAAUGUGGAAGGUGAUGGGGGACCAUUAAAAGUGUCCGCAAAUUCAGCAAGGAAAGCGAAAAAUCAUUUGCAACGUGUCGUUUCAAUGUUUUAUUGCUUUCUAAUAUUUGCUAUUGGUUUAUCUAUUACACUUUACAAUACCGGAGAAAAAGAAGCUGAAACUGAAAAUUCAUUUGUUUCAUUUUAUACCAUAAUGUUUGUCAGCUCUAUCAUUGUUAUGAUUUUUACACUGGGCUACGUGUAUCGACAUCGCAAUGCUAGUUUGGAAGCAAUCGAAAAAGGGGAGUUAUCAGCUCCUAGAAUAGCCUUCUCAUUUCGUGGAGAAGAUGUAAACUUGUAUCUGCGUUUCGGAAUUGGAUUGUUUGCAGCCAUGUCCAUCGUUCAUUCAGCUACAAGAUGUUACGAAAUUGCAAAGAAAUAUCCGUUACAUUCGGCUUCUAUUAUUUACAUAUUUUUCAAAAUUCUGUUCUUUAUCACUCAGACCGUAUUUUUGCUACUUUUACAUCGUAUAGUAAUUCUUGUGAGAAUACGCAUCUUCAGUUUUAUACUACUACACAUUCUAACAGUGAAUCUGUGCAUCUGGUCAGAUGCUGUUAUUAAAAAAAUAUCUAAGAGUAUUGGAACUUUGGCAGUUCUAAAUGUAACUGUCGUACAUAAAAAGUAUGAAUUAGCGGCAACAAAUUAUUUUCUUCCUGCAGUACCAGAAUAUUGUGCGAUUGCUGUGGCUGUAGUUUACGAAUUGUUACACCGUGUUGGGCAGUUGAAGCAAAUCGAAUGUCAACAUGAAAAAAAGGAAGAACAUCGUGUGAAAUGUGUUGAUCGUGGUUCCAUUGGCAUCAUUAUCGGAACAGUUAUAAUUUGUAUUGUUAUGGGAGUUGUAAUGUUAUUGGAGAUUUGGGGGAAAAAAAUCCAUAAUUAUGUGUAUAUCGUUCAUUCAACUGAAACAAGCAUACUCUUUAUUAUUGCAUUAAUAUUUUGUGUUAUUGGUAUAUGGAAUACAAGAAAAUUGAAAUUCUCAGUGAAUUUUUCAAAUCAAAAUUUGGAUAGCAAAUUAUUAAUAGUUACAUUUUUUAUAACUGUCACAUUUUUAGUGGCAUGUAUUCUCCUCAAUAUCGCAUUUUUAUUGGGUAAUGGUUUCAAUAAUAAUGAACAACAAUGUCUUAAAUUACAUUUAUUCUCAGCACUUUUAGAGUUAAUACAAGUUACAGUGCAGAAUUUUUUCAUAAAUGAUUUAUUCUAUAGAUGUUGUCACGACGCAUCAUAUCAACAGCGUAAACCAGGCCGUGCAAUGAUUGCAUUAUUAUCAGCCAUAAAUUUUUCUUUAUGGACAAUUUAUAGCUUUCAGGCAAAACAUAACAAUAUACUACUCAGUGUGAAUAAAAACUAUGUGCAAACAAGUGAACUUCAAAGUCUGUUCAUCUACAUAAAUGUAGCCCUACCAAUGGUUAUGUUAUAUCGUUAUCACAGUAGUGUAUGCUUAGCAAUUGAAUAUAUUCGUGUAUAUGAAGACGAAAUAACACGAUAUGAAAGUAUGUUACGUGGAGUACCACAUACUAAAUUACUACCAUUUGGUUCUAAGUGGGAGGUAAUUGAAUCGCAACACCCAAAUUACUCUUUACCAGCUAAUUUAUUGACAGCACCUAGAACCAGAGCUUUAUCAGAACCUGUAGUGACAUUGAAUCCAAGUGCUUUUUUAAAAGAAGUUCAUACACUGGAUAAAAGCAACACUACAAUUCAUGGAAAUCAUCAAAAUAUUUCAAGUUUAAAUGAACAAGAAGAAAAACAACAAACUAUAAAAUCAAAUAAAUUGGAACAAUCAAAGUCGCAAAAGUAUACCAAUCAAAAUAAAAGACGUACAACACAUAUCAGUAUGGAAUUAGCACAAUAUCGUGUAAAUGCAAGUGAAAUGGAGCAUCGUCUGGCUGAAAUGAAAUUAAAAAAAUAUAAACGUGGUAAAGACGAUCACUCAAUAAAUGAGAAAUUAACACUUAAUAGAUUUAAUCCACAUAAAGAAGCAGAGCCAACAAUGUCAACUUCGUUAUCCGACAGCGCAUUAUCUACAGUACGUACCACGGAUACGAUUAAUGAAGAUGAUGAUGAAGAUGAUGUUACUGGUGGUAUGGAAUGUGACGAUUAUGAACGACAGAAUCCAUCACCUGAAUCAUGUUAUUAUACUAAAACAGGGGAUAGUAGUUCAGCUACAUAUCUUACACAAAGUCAAUUAUAAUUUUGAAACAAAAACAAUUUCUAAAAUUAAAUGUAAAGACAUCAUUCAAAAUAAUUCCAUACGUCUAUGAGUGCAUAUUUUAAAAAAAUAAUUUCGAAUUUGUUUACUUAAAAAAAAGAAAAAUUAAUUUUCUGUGAUAAUUUAUUGAUUGAUAUUAAAAAGGUUUAUUGAUUUUGUUGUUGUUGUUGAUGAUGAUGAUGAUUUACUGUUCAUGAUAAAUUUAUUAUAUUGAAAUACUUUUUAUUGAAUAUUGUUUUGAUUCUAUUUUUUACACUUUCAUUGUUUUUCUCCUUCAACCUUAAACUACAACCACCAUUCAACAAUAUCGACAACAAUUUAAUUUAGACAAAUAAAAUUACCUUUUGUUAUCUACUUUAAUAUUUUAAUGAAACACUUUGUGUGUAAAUCACAAUGAUUAAUUAAGCAACUAUACCGUAUAACUAGAUAGCAAUAAGAAUAUUAAGUUUUCAACACAAAUUCACAAAAAUGACCCUUGUGUUUCCCUUACUCUUAUUUACUCUCACCAAACUUGGCUUUUUUUCUGAAAUUCAUAACAUUAAACACGUAGACCAAAUCAAAUUCCGAUCACAUCUUUUUAUUUUGAAUUUGAAUUGUAAUAUUAUUGUACUAAUGAUGAUUUUUGUGUUUAUGAUUUGUUAGUGUUUUCUUAUUAAAACAAUAUUAAUACUUUCAUGUUUUAAGUUUGUUCUUACUAUAACUUAACGAAAUGCCAUCAGUUUAUGGUCUAUUCAUCAAAGUUAUAUUUGGAAUAAAUUCAGGUUAGCUUUCGGUAUUCCAUCUGCUUCUGAAAUACUUUCAUAGCUCAGAGAUAGCUGUUAGGAAGAGACAAGAAAAAAAAUCUCACGUAGUAACACCCUAAUGAUUUAUUCUUUACAUUCCCAAUGGAUAUAUACUAAACAGUUGUACCGUGACAGUUUCAUGAGUUAGCAUUUGUAAGAUCUAUUUAGAAUCACAUAUUGUUGUUAUACCUUAGUCUGUUCAAAAGUUACUGUCAACUAUAAAUAUGUUACGAUGUUUUAUUCAAAACAUUUUGUAGUUAUGUACCUAGUGAGAUUUAUAAAUUACGGGAAAAAUAAGAAAGUUACAAGUUUAACAGAAAACUGAAUGAUUUAUUAUUUAGAGUGAGUUUAGUUCUCGCCGUUCAUAUCUAAAUUCAUCUAAAGUCAUGCAAACUCCUGGCAGGUGUUAUUUUAUCAGAUACUAACCAUUCCCUUCACUCUUAUUUUUCUCCUUGUAUAUCUUCUGGUAGAACGAGACGUAAUUACAUUAAAAUCCAUGCACGCAGGCAAAGUAUAAAAGUUCUAUAAUACCUUACCUAGCAAAUAUACUCUGUGACGAACAGGUUGUUAG